AUGUCAGUGACAACACCACCAAGGCAUUUGAAGGUGACAGUGGCAAUGGCAGAACUGUUCUGCAAGCAUCACAACAGUUACUACAAGAUCCCCCAACAGUUGCGCAAUCUCUACAGAGGCUGUCGAGAAAUAUCGUCGUUUCUCACAGGACAGGUACGAGAGACAUAUGCCGCCUGGAUAGGGAGAGCAUCGGACAGAGAUGGUGGAAGGGAAAUUAGGAAGGAAAUGAGGCAGGAAAUUUUAAAACUUCACAUGAAAAUACACACAGGAGAGAUGCCAUACACAUGUGAGAUAUGUAGUGCUGCUUUCUCUCGGAACGGUAAUUUACAGAGGCAUAUACGAAUACACACAGGAGAGAAGCCAUACAAGUGUGAAAUAUGUGACGCUGCUUUCACCCAGACUAGUACUUUACAGAAACAUAUACGAAUACACACAGGAGAGAAGCCCUACAAGUGCGAGCUAUGUGAUGCUGCUUUCUCCCAAAAAGGCGUACUACAGCAACAUAUACAAAUACACAAAGGAGAAAUGCCAUACAAAUGUGACAUAUGUAGUGCUGCUUUCUCUCAGACAAGUAAUUUACAGAAACAUAUAAGAAUACACAAAGGAGAGAAGCCAUACAAGUGUGAGAUAUGUAAGGCUGCUUUCCCUCUGAAAGGUAAUUUACAGAAACAUAUAAGAAUACACACAGGAGAGAAGCCAUACAAGUGUGAGAUAUGUGAUGCUGCUUUCUCUCAGAAAGGGGUAUUACAGCAACAUAUAAGAAUACACACAGGAGAGAAGCCAUACAAGUGCGAGAUAUGUGAUGCUGCUUUCUCUCAGAAAGGUAAUUUACAGAGUCAUAAACGAAUACACACAGGAGAGAAGCCAUACACGUGUGAUAUAUGUGAUGUUGCUUUCGGUCUGAAAUGGCACUUACAGAGACGUAUAAGUAUACACACAGGCGAGAAGCCAUACAAGUGUUGGAUAUGUGAUGCUGCUUUCUCCCAGAAAGGUUAUUUAAAGAGUCAUACAAGAAUUCACACAAGAAAGAAGCCAUACGAGUGUGAUAUAUGUAAUGCUGCUUUCUCUCGGAAAGAUAAAUUACAGCAACAUAUACGAAUACACACAGAAGAGAAGCCAUACAAGUGUGAGAUAUGUGAUGCUGCUUUUUCUCUGAAAGGUGUAUUACAGCAACAUGUAAUAGUACACACAGGAGAUAAUUUAUACAAGUGUGAGAUAUGUGAUGCUGCUUUCUCUCUGAAAGGUGUAUUACAGCAACAUAUACGAAUACACACAGGCGUUAUACAAGUGCGAGAUAUGUGA